UUCAGUGCGUUCAAGACACCUGUGAAUUUGAGAGAAAAAAGUGAGUGCGAAAGAUCGUUUUGAACAGUCAUCCAACUCGGAAUUCCAACUCGUGAAUUCGGGCCUCUUUCCAGAACUCCAACUUUCCGACCUGAAUAUUACCUACGUCAUGAUUUGACCUCGUAUUUUUUUUCCGAGUUCCCAGUUGCCUUGAAAGCACCCGAGUCAGUACUUUGACAGCGCGACGGUUUUUCGAAGGGAGAACAGACUUUUCGCUGUUGCCUUGUAAGGUGUCAAAAACAAGAUGCUGUCUUACAUCAUUGGGCUCAUUCGGAGCAGUAUCGACAACAUCAUCAACCUCAUCCUGAGCCUCUUCCUCUCAAAGAAGAAACGUGCCAUCACUCUAGAGGACCCCAACAUCAAAUAUGCAUUAAAGCUGAUCGAUAAAGAGAUCAUCAGUCAUGACACAAGGAAAUUCCGUUUUGCCCUGCGGGAAAAGGAUUGUGUCCUUGGGCUACCCAUUGGGCAACACAUAUACCUGUCUGCCAAACCGGAUGGCGUCCUGGUGGUCAGACCGUACACACCUGUGUCUAGUGAUGACGACGUAGGCUUCGUAGACCUGGUAGUCAAGAUUUACUACAAGAACGUUAAUCCAAAGUUUCCUGAAGGUGGGAAGAUGAGUCAGUACCUGGAGAGCAUCCGGAUUGGCGACACUAUUGAUUUCAGAGGGCCCAGCGGCCUGCUGGUCUACCAAGGAAACGGGGCUUUUGCCAUCAAGGCAGAAAAAAAGGCGGAGCCUGUGAUCAAAACUGCCAAGCAAGUGGGCAUGAUCGCAGGAGGGACCGGAAUCACUCCCAUGCUGCAGCUCAUCACAGCUAUAAUGAAGGAUCCCCAGGACCAGACAGUGUGUCACCUGCUCUUCGCCAACCAGACUGAGAAAGACAUCUUGCUUCGACCGGAAUUGGAGGAGAUCGCAGCUAAUCACCCAACCCGAUUCAAGCUAUGGUUCACCCUGGACAGGGCUCCUGAGGACUGGGAGUACAGCCAAGGCUUCAUCAGUGAAGAGAUGGUGAGGGACCACCUUCCACCCCCCGGAGACGACACUCUCAUCCUCCUGUGCGGACCGCCUCCCAUGAUCCAGUUUGCCUGUAACCCCAACCUGGACAAAGUGGGCCACGCCAGCAGCCGGAGGUUCACCUUUUAGAAGCCAUCCCAGGCGCGGGGUUAAAGGGGGUUUCCCCAGGGCUCAAUGAUCAGCCACACCCAACAUUUAUUAAAACUCUCUUGCAUCAGCGCUUGAAAUCAUUUCACUCAUUCUACAGCAGAAUUAGUGGACCAUUUUCUAUGCCUUAAUUUCCAAAACAGAAUCCUGAAAUGAAGGGUGUCCAAAGCAUUUUCUGAUUUAACAGGUUUAUCAUUCUGAAUUGAAUCACUGGUAGUUGGAGGAAACAAUGUUAUUUGAACGUUCCUCCUGUUAAACUAAUUGUGACCGAUACCUGUAUACUGAACAAAAUAUAAACUCAAGAGUUAGUUCAUAGGAGGAAAUCAGUUAAGUUAAAUGAAUUAGGCCCUAAUCUAUGGAUUUCACAUGACUGGGCACGGGAUGACAUUGGCUCCCAAGAAGUAGGCCUAUCAGAUUGAGUUUUUCCCCCACAAAAGGGCUUUGUUACAAAUACUCCUGGCCUGUGUCCCCAGCACAAGGUGCACCUAUAAUCAUGCAUUAUCUUGGCAAAGUAGAAAUGCUCAUUAACAGGGAAGUAAACACAUUUUUUACAGAAAAUGAAAAGCUUUGUGCAAUUGGAACAUUUCUGCUCAUGAAACAAACUUUGCAUAUUGUUUUUUUUGUUCAGUAUAGUUUAACUUGACUUGAGUGCCUUAGCAACCCAGUAAUACUUUUUUUUUGUAUGCACAGCUGAAGACAUGACCAUAAUACUGCUCACUUGCUUCCACUGCAAACUAUAAGUGUAACUUUGCACAGAUGUACUUAUUCCAUAUUGUUGCAGAAAGAGUGAUAUCUUGAAGCUGUUACUGGAGUCUUUCCAUGUGCUUAAAUGUCUUUACAGCACUUGAAAUAGUUUCAUUAUGCAACAUGUUUGUUAUACAUUGAGACCAAUAAAAUAAAUGCAAUAA